GCAGAAGCAGAAGAAGAGGAGACCCAGCCCCUCUGUAAACCAGCAGAGAAGCGACCGGGUUUCCACCACUUUUGCCGAUUAGUUUGAUGGCUCCUCGCCCUUUGCCACACAAGUUAUAAAAUGCUAUAUCAGUGCGGGUCGUUAAUGUUACAGUUUAACGGAGGUUUGUUUUCCACCUCCUCCUCCACGGUCCACGGCUACUUCCUGGUGCCACAGAGAGAGGCAGUGCUGAGUUAAAGAGACAGAAAUACUGAUAGAAAUUCAGAUAGAAAAAAAUACGGAGAGAAGAGAGGGGUUGGAGACGCGAUAGGAACAGUUGACUGGAUUCCCAGAAAUUGAAAACCCUCUCUCUCUCGCUCCUUAUUUAUAUGUAUUUUUUGGGGGGGUAUUUCUCCGUUUAACCGAGUCGUCAUUCUUCGUCGGUUUGUAAACUAACAGGCGGUUUGGAUGACGGUUGGCUGCGGCUAAAGCGGAAUUGUAACGGGGAACGUAUUCCUCCCUCCGACGGAGAAGCCUCGCAGAGAUUUUUUCCCCCUUUUUUUUAUUUUACAGUAGACUCCUUUCUGUGUUAUUUUAAACCACAAUAUCAUCCCUGGUGUUAUUUUUUAUAUAUAUAUAUAUUUUUUUACGAUUCCACAAGGAAGGGUUAGGGCGACGGAAGAUGGGUUGUUUGGGCAACAGCAAGACUGAAGAUCAACGCAUCGACGAAAAGGCACAACGAGAGGCUAAUAAAAAGAUAGAAAAACAGUUGCAAAAGGAAAGACAAGCUUAUAAAGCCACACACAGGCUCUUAUUACUGGGUGCGGGAGAGUCCGGAAAAAGCACCAUUGUGAAGCAGAUGAGGAUUCUACACGUCAACGGCUUCAACGCGGAAGAAAAGAAACAGAAAAUCCAAGAUAUUCGGAAAAACGUGAAGGAUGCCAUAGUGACUAUAGUGUCUGCGAUGAGCACUUUAAUACCCCCUGUCCCGCUAGCCAACCCAGAGGACCAAUUCAGAAUUGAAUACAUCAAAAGCAUAGCACCUCUAUCUGACUUUGACUAUUCACAGGAGUUCUUUGAUCAUGCAAAGAAGCUGUGGGAUGAUGAAGGAGUGAAGGCAUGCUUUGAGAGGUCCAAUGAGUACCAGCUCAUCGACUGCGCACAAUAUUUCCUGGACAGAAUUGACUCUGUAAGACAGAGCGACUACACACCAACGGACCAGGACCUGUUACGCUGCCGAGUGUUAACUUCAGGGAUUUUCGAGACGAGGUUCCAAGUAGACAAAGUGAACUUUCACAUGUUUGACGUUGGGGGCCAGAGAGAUGAAAGGAGAAAAUGGAUCCAGUGCUUUAACGACGUCACUGCUAUCAUCUUCGUGGUGGCCAGCAGCAGCUACAACAUGGUAAUAAGGGAAGACAAUAACACCAACAGGCUACGGGAAGCCCUGGACCUCUUCCGCAGUAUUUGGAACAACAGAUGGUUACGCACUAUAUCGGUCAUAUUAUUCCUGAACAAGCAGGACAUGCUGGCUGAGAAAGUAUUAGCUGGAAAAUCCAAAAUUGAAGACUACUUCCCUGAAUAUGCUCGCUACACCAUACCAAAUGAAGCAACUCCCGAACCUGGUGAAGACCCGAGAGUGACGAGAGCUAAGUUCUUCAUCCGAGACGAGUUUCUUCGGAUCAGCACUGCGAGCGGCGACGGCAGACACUACUGCUACCCCCACUUCACCUGUGCCGUGGACACAGAGAACAUCCGGCGGGUGUUCAACGACUGCCGGGACAUCAUCCAGAGAAUGCACCUGCGGCAGUACGAACUCUUGUGAUGGGAGACCGCCUCCGUCAGCCUUCUGUGUUUUUCUCCACCAUUCUGCAUCCUUGACGAACCCUUCCUCCUCCCCCUACUCCUCCUCCUCACCCUGAACCUUCACCCUUCUUCUCCCCCAAAGAAACCCUCAACAGCCCCUGACCACCCCUCCUGUCGAGGACUAUGAAGUACUACUGAAGUGUGUCAAAUCCUCUUCCUCUUCUUAACUUCUUAGCUUUUUGUACUUCUUUUUUUUUUUUCUCUGAGACCGAUUCAUCCCCAUGUCACCGAUGUAAAAGGAAGGUUGGGGAACAAAGUUGUUGCGUGCCGCUUUUUUUUUUUUUUCUUUUUUUUUUUUUUCUAUUUUUCUUUUACUCCUUCUUUUGAAUGCCUUGACUUUUGUCAUUCCACUAAG